UCUCUGUCAGCCCAGAGAGACUGAGUGAAGAAGAAAUACUUCCACACAUACCAGGCUGCUCUUCUGCUGUUUCUCAGUUUUGCUGUCUGUGAUUGUUUGAAAUCAGUUUCCUGUGAGAGUCUGGGAAAUGCAGGUAUGGAGGCCCGGGUAACAGCUGCCAUCUCAGGCCUGGGUACCUGCUCUCCCAAGUCUAUGUCUCAAGGCUGUGUGCUCAGACAUGACCAUGUUUGGGCAUAGAGGCUCGUCCCAGAUGGGCACCAAUGGCUGCCUCCCUGGAGACAGGCUGGGAGGCCAGACUUUCUGCUGGAUUUCUGUGGCCUCUUUGGGGGUGGGGGUUGGGGGCCAGGCAGAAAGAAACUGUCUGCCAGCUGAAAACCCACGGGGCACAGGGAGACUAAAUGACCGCUGCCCCCAGUGGCCAUGGGGAAGAAGCUGGUGAUGGCCCAGAAACGGGGAGAGACUCGGGCCCUUUGCCUGGGCGUGGCCAUGGUGGUGUGUGCUGUCAUCACUUACUACAUCCUGUGCACGACCGUGCUGCCCCUCUACCAGAAAAGUGUGUGGACCCAGGAAUCUACGUGCCACCUGAUUGAGACCAACAUCAGGGACCAGGAGGAACUGGAGGGCAAAAAAGUGUCCCAGUACCCCUGCCUGUGGGUCAACGUGUCAGCUGUGGGCAGGUGGGCUAUGCUGUACCACACGGAGGACACUCGGGAUCAGAACCAGCAGUGCUCCUACAUCCCACGCAGCCUGGACAACUACCAGAAGGCACGGGCCGACGUGGAGGAGGUCAGAGACAAGUUCCACAAGCGCCAGGACUUCUACUGCUUCUCAACGACUCAGGAGAAUGAGACCAGUGUGCUAUACCAGCGCCUCUAUGGGCCCCAGGUCCUCCUCUUCUCCCUCUUCUGGCCUACCUUCCUACUGACUGGCGGCCUCCUCAUUAUCGCUAUGGUGAAGCUUAACCAGUCCCUCUCCAUCCUGGCGGCUCAGAAGUAGACCCAUCUAUGCCACACCACAGCCUGGACCACAGGGCCUUGGGUGGGACCCCAGGGCUGCUCCCCGCUUGCAUUCCCAUGACUACCCCACUUCCCUACCCCCGCUCUUCCCUUCCGCUCCACCCUGUCUU